CUUAACUAGUAAGACACCGUGUCCUAGUCCGAGUCGGUGUAGCGAGUAGUAUUAAGUCUGUGUGCUCUCUCUCUCUCUCUCUCACAGGUUUAUCAAUGGCGAAACUCGAAGCUAAGCUAGGAAUGAUCGUUGACAAGGUUGGACAAUUCUUCUCCGGCAGUGACCUUCUUCCCUCCUGCGAUCCCGAUAUCAUCGCUGGAUGUGAAAGAGAGGUUGCUGAGGCCGAGAAACAACCUGCCUCUGAUGAGGCUAUGCAAGAAUCUCUCUUGCGUUUAUCAUGGGCUCUUGUCCACUCAAAACGUCCAGAAGAUGUGCAGCGUGGGAUAGCAAUGCUUCAAUCAUCAUUACCGAGUACUGUUGACCCGCUGAAACAAAGGGAGAAGCUUUAUCUUCUGGCUGUUGGAUAUUACAAAAGUGGUGACUAUUCAAGGAGCAGGGAACUUGUUGAGAAAUGCCUAGAGAUUGCAUCCGACUGGAGGCAGGCAUUGUCACUUAAGGAGGCGAUUGAGAGUCGGAUAACAAAAGAUGGUGUCAUUGGCUUGGGCAUUGCUGCAACUGCUGUUGGACUGAUUGCAGGUGGGAUUGCAGCAGCUGUGUCUCGUAAAAAGUGACAUAAUCCUUUCUAUUAAACAUAUGAUAGCAGCUGAUAUGUAAGAGGCAAACAUAUAUGAUACUGUGAAUUUGCUGCAUCUUACUGUUUAUAAAGGAGGGAGCAAACAAUGAUGUGUACAAAGUGGUGGAGAGAUGUUGUGUGUUUCAUGUUUUAAAAGACUUCAAUAUUUGCAUGUCUUUUUUUCCUCCUCUUCUCCAUCAAUUUUCCCCCAUCUUUCUUAUGAUGCAAUCAUGUUGAUCAAAUACGAGUUUGACAUUGCGAUUAAACUCCUUGAAUGAUGAUGUAAGAAUAACCGUAUUAGUAAUUGCAAUUUCCAACUUUGGACAAUA